UUUACCUUAUGUCACGUACUAAGGAAUACAACUGGGAAGUGGAACAACAGCAAUUGGCCAAGGCGCGCUCGCUGGCCGACCGCUGGGCCGAGCUCACGCGCAAGAUCGAGCUCUGGGUCGAGAUCCACGAGCUCAAUGACCAGGGCGAGUACGCGCCUGUUGAGGUGAGCCAGCGCAGCGACAUGCUGACGGGCGGCGUGUACCAACUACGGCAGGGGCAGCAGCGGCGCGUGGGCGUGCGCGUGCGGCCGGCGCACAACUCCGGCACGCUGCCCAUCAUCUGCCAGCACAUCGUCAGCGUCGAGGUCGGCUCCGUGUCCGUCAGGUGCGUGACGUCAGAAGUAGACAGCCCGCUGGUGACGUCAUGCUGACAGGCGGCGUGUACCAACUACGGCAGGGGCAGCAGC